GCGCGCAAUGCUUUCCUGCCUUCUAUUUUGCUGGACGCUCGCGCUAUUGUUGCAUCCGCUCGACGCGGCGACCACCAACACCAGCACCCUUACGCUUGGUGCCUGCAACGACGCUGGUUGCCUCGACGACAACACGACCACCGGCGUCAUCCUUCUCAACGCAACAUCGACGACUGUGAACGCAUCGAGAUUGCACAUUGACCGUGUGACGAGCCUGCCACCCAAUGUCACGAGCUUGGAUCUCUCGCAGAAUGCCCUCUCGUCGCUCGCUGUCGACGCGUAUACAUCGCUGACAUUUCUGAAUCUGAGCCGCAACGCGUUCCAGUCGACGAGCGCGCUGUCGCUGCCGACCUCGCUUCGCAUCUUGGACUUGAGCGAGAACAAUGUGAGCUACCUGGAUGCGACGACGUGGGACUGGCAGCGGUAUCCGUCCCUCUCCAAAUUGAUACUGCGAAGCAACAACCUCGUGCGGCUCGAGUGCAACCAAUUUCCGGCCUCGAUCACCGAAAUUGAUCUCUCGGGCAACCCGCUGGUGUCGUUCACCAUGGACCAAGCCACGUACACCGACCUUCUCGCACGGCCCGUCAUUAUGCGCGUCGACAACACGGCAGGUAUUGUCAAGAACUGUCGUGGGAGUGCUCUUCAGCUCCACGGUACGGUCGUCUGCGUCGGGUCGCGGUCCACAGCCAGCACGUCCCGCGCCUCCCAAGGCUACGUGUUGCAGUACUUGCUCAUCAUGCUCGCCGUGACGAUUGCGCUCUUGGUGGUGGUGCAAUAUCGCAAGCGCCGUGCGCGCACCGAUGCCAACGACGACCCAGAGCUGCUCCGCGCCACGUGCACGAGCUCCAUCUUGUACGAGCACGAUCCGCUGCAGCUCGUGACGCCAUGGCUGCCGCAUGAGAAAGACGCUUGCAGCGACGACGACCGGUCGCACGAUGGGUCGCGCGUGUGAUAUUCUUUUUCGUAUUUAUUUAUCGUAAUAAAAAUAGUGAUGACCAUGG